AUGGGUAUCGAUCUCGACCGCCACCACGUGCGCAGCACGCACCGCAAGGCUCCCAAGAGCGACAAUGUCUACCUUAAGCUCUUGGUGAAGCUCUACCGCUUCCUGACCCGUCGCACUGACGCCAGCUUCAACAAGGUCAUCCUGCGCCGCCUCUUCAUGUCGCGCAUCAACCGCCCUCCCGUCUCCAUCUCCCGCAUCGUCGGCAACUUGAACAAGGACGACAAGCGCACCAUCGUCAUCGUUGGUACCGUCACUGACGACAACCGUCUCCUGACCGUCCCCAAGUUGACCGUUGCCGCCCUGCGCUUCACCGCCACCGCCCGUGCUCGCAUUGUUGCCGCCGGCGGCGAGGCCAUCACCCUCGACCAGCUUGCCCUCCGCGCCCCCACUGGCAGCAACACCCUGCUGCUCCGCGGACCCAAGAACUCCCGCGAGGCCGUCAAGCACUUCGGCUUCGGUCCCCACAAGCACAAGAAGCCCUACGUCGAGUCCAAGGGCCGCAAGUUCGAGAAGGCCCGUGGUCGCAGACGCUCGCGCGGCUUCAAGGUCUAA